CCGCUCAUUCUUUGCUUUGUCGUUGGAACCACAACCUCUUUCUAACGGAUCCACACUGAGGAUUCUGCACAUGAGCAAAGGAAACAGAAGCAUCUACUGACAGGUUCGUCGGCUUUUUGUGAGGAAUGUAAAUUAGUUUUGAAGAAGUCUUUCACAUCAAAACACACCAACAAAUAUUAAGUUAAACCCAUGGAGGAUAUGGAUGACAAUGUUUCGUCCUCUGGGUUUGCUCCACUCUUCAUUCAAGAAGAGGAUGGAGAGUCGAAGGGAGGUCUCAGGGAGGAACACUUGGAGAGCAGCACUUCACAGUCUGGUCUCACCUUCACUGGAGCUCAGCUCAGUCAAACAGCUUUAAUGAGGCCAUAUUUACAGGAGAUGGAUGAGCUACUGAAGAGCUGUGAGGAGCUCACGGGCAUUCCUUUCGGCUCCCGCUUUUCCACAAGUUUAACCGACGUCAGUUUGAGUGAGUCAAAUCGGAGCAGAGACGACAUCACAAUGGAAACAAAAGCAUCUCCCCAAGCUUAUCUUUCCACAAACUACUUGGACACACAAGUGAAUAUGGCUGGAAUAGAAGAUCAACCAGGACAAGGCGACUGCAGAAGUAACAGCAGAUGUGAUGUGGGCCCAGAAGUCUCUCCCUUAAUGCCUCUAACCUCAGCAGGUAAUAAACUCAGUGAAAACAUGGUGGAGUAUGAAAACCAGCUCUUAGGGAUGUUGGCCAUGCUGGAGGGUUGUAUGGAAGAGGCUGGAAUGGAUUAUGAGACGCAAGAAAGCCAAGAAUAUGUGCACAUCAGUAAGAACACCAAUCAUUUCAGGGGUACAACUCUGACACCCCUAGAACAAGGGAAGCCAAUGAAGCUGGAGACUCAGACGAUGCCGCUUCAAUCCUUUAUGAACCAAGAUGACACAAGAAAUAUGGUUUUCCAGGAAGGCAGACGUGAAGCUACAAGAGGGCCGCCGCAGAAUUCUUUAUUUAGCUGCAAUACUGCCAGUAGCUUUCUGGAGGAGAGACUGGAAAGGUCUGGUGGAACUGAGCUUUGUGAAAAACUUGACACAGACAAAAGCGAUCUUGAACCUCAGUCAAUGUAUUCAGGGCCACAGAUGACAGUAGAAAGCACAGACAAUGAGCACAUGUGCUGUGAAGAGACAAAAACAGAUUACAUGUCCACUGAAGAUGAAGGCAUGAACACUGAACAGCCUGAUGAGGAAAAACAAGAGCUGAGGAUGGACACCGGUGGACUGAGACCUGGCGUUAAUGACCUGGAUGUACUGGGGUCUCAGCUGGAGGAGUGUAUAGAGGAGGUGCAGCGCUUGGAGAUGAGGAGGAAAGAACUUCUGGCUGAGGUGUUGGAGCUGAGAGGGCAUGAAUGUCAAGGUGAAACACAGGAGGAAGAGAGGACGGAGGAGCAAAUUGAAAGAAAAGUGGCAGAGCUGAUGAAAGCAUUUAAGAAGGAGGAAGAAGGGAGGAGAGAGGAGAGGAAGGGAGAAAUCCAGAGUAUUAGGGAGGAAAGGGCAGAGGAGGAGAGGAGGAUGUGGAAGGUGAACCUGGAGAGACAAGGGCUACAGGAUGAGCUCAGAAAGCUGAAGAGGAGGCUGUUCACCAUGGCUGUGGAUGGUGCCCACACCCAGGCGGCCUUGAACACCCAGCACCGACAUGUGGAGCUGCUGAAGAGAGAAGAGGAGAAGCUGCAGUCCAUGGUCGACCAGCUGAGAGAAGAGGGGUCCCAGAUCCGGACCGCCCAUCAACAGCAGGUCUUACGUCUAGAAGCAGAGAUUCACGCCACAAGUUCCACCCAGAUCUCCAACACUCAGGAGGAGCUGACUGAGUGCAGGAGGCACUCCUGUGGGGACAUCCAGCAGUAUGUGCAGGGUGGACUGAAAGCACUGGAGCAAAGGUAUGAACCCAUUUUGCUGGCACUGCUGAAGAGGAGAGAGGCAGCAGCCGGAGGUUUGGUGAAAGCCAAAGAACAGGCCCAGGAAAUGAAAGCCCAGCUGAGCCCACUGAGGGAGGAGAUCCAAAAGUUGAAGCUCCAGAAGGCUUGUCUGGAAGAAAAACUCAAACUAAUUCACCUUCACAGGAGAGAGAAUGUGGGGCAGUAUAAGGAGACGGUGCACUAUCUGGAGGAGAGAAGCAGAGAACUGAGGACAGAGUUAAACAUUCAGAAGAAGAACACUAAAGAGAUGGAGGAGCUGAAGGAGAGGCUUAACAAAAAACUCCUCAUGUACAGGUCUGCUAUUGAGAACCACAACAAGCAUGGCCCUGAGGUGAAAACAUAAUCUUAUGUCCAUCCUGAUGUCACAUUAAAACUAAGCUGAUUUAGUGAUGUGCUUUCUAUGUGUAACAGUUUUAACCAAUGCACUUUAAACACAUCAAGUGAUGCUGUUUUUAGAAAACACUAAAGACAAGCUUGACCGCUGCUGGUAAAUGGGGUUUUGUUAUGAAUAAAGGCUUUGUAUUUGUUGUAA